UUACUGAUCCAUUCAUUCUCUACUUAAACAAAUUACAUCUAACAGUUCUGCACUCUCUCUGUGGAAGCUCCUCCUAUCUUUCACAUCUGGCUUUCUCUUUUCCCGAUACUUUCAGCCUCUCUUGUCCCUCCAUAAUUAAACUCUUGUGCAUGCACUUCUCCUUCUUCUUCUUCUUCUGAAUAUCAUCAUCAUCAAGCUUUUUGAAAAGGAUCUCUCCUUUUGGUUCUUUUCCUUGUGUUUAUUCUCUACCUUUAUUUUGAGUCAUUUUCAUUCUUCUUGGGUGCCAUAUAAAUAAAUAUAUAUUCACUUUCAUGGCUACACUGAGGCCAGAGAACAACACCAUCCCUCUUCCUCGAAAUGCUUCAUUCUCUUCAUACCUCAACUCUACAGAAGAAACCUUUAUCAAGAACCUAUCCGACUCUGUUCGAAAACCAUACCCAGAUGGGAAGAAGACAGAAGAUGGAGAAAUUGACGUCUUUGAAGCUGAGAAAUAUUUCAAUGGAGCUAUUGAUGAUCAUGAACAACAAAGCUCAAAGCUUUCCACCAUUAUUAAUGGACCCAACAAACAUGAACCCGAUCAAUAUAGCCAAAACAAACAGAGGACAAGAGUUCAAUUUGGAACACCAAGCGUUAACUCGGAAUCCAGCUGGAACAGCAGCAGCGUGCUGCUUCAACCAGCAUUGAAGAAUCAAACUCCUCCUCUUCCUCCCCAAAUGAACAAGAACAACAACCUCAAAACCCUCAUCUCUAACCUGAGAUGCAACUACUGCUUGUGCAACGACAAGAACUCUGUCCAAGUUUACGAGACUUCCAAAUCGAUCAACGAGAAGACGACUGCAAGAGAUCAAUCCACUCAAUCUAGUUCGUAUUUAUCUCAGUCUAAUACUAAAUCCCGGACCAAUCCCUGGCUCAUUAACCGAGACCAAGAUCAACAACAACAACAACAAACCAUGCAAAGAAAGUCACUGGAGGUGUUCGGUUUGUCCGUUGAAAGAAGAAUCCCAGUGAAACCAUCAGUAAUCGUGACGCACAACCAGCCGAGCACUUCAAUACAAGAACCCUGCAUGAUUGGGCAAAGCCAUGAUGGGACCUACGACGAAACGGGCAGCGAUGCCAGCUCAGAUUUGUUUGAGAUCGAGAGCUUCACCACCAACACCAUCAACACGCCAAAGGGAUACGCGCCAAGUGAGGCUAGCGUAGAAUGGAGUGUAGUAACCGCCAGCAUGGCUGAUUUUUCGGCUCUAUCUGAUUCAGAGGACGCGAGAACAAUGUCCUUUAGCUCAAACACGAGGGAAAUGGUUUCUAAACAGAGGAACAUUCCGGCCAAGGAGACUGAGAGACAGCGGUCUGGGAUUCUAUUGGGGUGCAAGAACUACAAGGCGGUUAGAGUGGCCGAAGAUGCUUAUAGGACGAGUACAAAGUUAGGUCCUAAUGGAUCAUGUAGAAUGCAUGAUGCAUCACUAGUCAGAGUCCUACGUGUCAGCGGCGAGAAUUGGAGCGGAGAAAAAGGUGGCGGGGUUUGAGGAUUCAAGAAAGCUUGAAGAAAAGUCUGGGUCUCACGCUCAUUAUGGGGGGCAUUCUGUAUGGAUAAUAAGUGCAUUUUAGGCCUAUUUGAUAACUAUUUGUUAUAACAUCUUUCUUCAAUACUCUUAUUACCCGAGCUUGAAUGGGUAAUAAAUUAUUAUUCUAACUCAUCAACGUCUACCUUUUUCAUGCUUAAAAGAGCCAUGAUGGAAUUACAAAUCCAUUCAAAGGCAAAAAGGAGACUAUUGAUGACCCAAUUAAUGUGACAGAAGUACUCUAUGGACCCAACCCUGCCCAUUAAUGGUGUCCAAGCUAUUGAAU